AUGGCACCAUUCACGGACCCCCGGUCGAAUCGCCUCCAGGCCGCGUAUACAUCGCCGCAGCUGGACCGCACAUUCGAGCACACUAUCCACUCAGCCACACCGAACCCCUCCGACGACAACGUGAAAGUCAAAGUCGCAUACCUCGCAGAACUCAGAAAACUCGCCCCUGUGCUACAAAAUGAUAUCAAUGUGUUCCUGACCGAACGUAUGGAGGAGGACAAGAAAUCUGCUGAGGCGCAAGGCCGUCAAUUGUCCAAGGAAGAAGCCAAGGAGGAAGAAAAUUACGGAGAGGAGGUUGUCGAGGAUGAUGCUUGA